AUGAAGAAAGAGGAGUGAGUUCAUUGGAGUACCCAGGUCUUGUGGUCAAAGAAACUUACCAAUCAGCACUGAGUCACAACUGUAUGUAGACCAACGAACAGAGAUGAAGAAAGACCAGACAAAGAUCAUGCUGAGGAAAUAAGACACUGAUUCUUGAUAUUACUUGUUAACUCAUUUUCAGGAGGCUUGCAUGCGUGUAUACACAGUGUAUGACUCUGGUUUUGCUUGAGGUAUCUACCAGGUGAUUCCUCUUGUUACCCAUGCCUCUCAUGCUCUUAAAGAUAGAAUCUAACUUUUGGCAUCAUUGAACAUACUAUCACAGCAGCCCUCCUAGGCUGUAUUGGGACAGAGGAAAAAGUGCUUAGAAAGUGAAUCUCGUUCCACUACAGUGGGGCAACAUGAACUGUGAUUCAUAAAAUAGCUCUACUGAUAGUGAGUACUAAAAAAAAAUAUCUACUCAUGCCAUCCUGUCGAUUUUUAGUAAUCAGUUUUUGGUGUCAAACUAUUUCCUUUCUGCGGCGUAGUAAUACUUGCACACGUGCAAUCGAAUAUGCAGAGGGUGAAGCGAUUUUUGUCACGUGAACCAAUAGGAGCCGAGUCUCGUUGCCAUAGUAUCAGAAAUACACAAACAUGGCGACGAGCAGAUCUAGCAGCGAGACAAGCGAAGAGGAAGAAAAGAAAAGGAAAAAAAAAGAAAACAGCCUUCAAAAGUGCAUCAAAAAGGAACGAAACAAUGCUAUAUGCAUCUAUCAUCUGUCCAGAGUGAAGACGUUCUCGGCUUUACAAGGACACGUUAGGAAACUUACAGAACUAGUAUUAGAAAGUAGCUUUCUCUACAUGGUGAGACAAAAGACCAGCCAGAAAUGUACAUAUAUGUGAGUAACACAAAAAAACAGUUAUAUGGUGCUGCUGUCUUUGCUUGUAGAAACUGCUAUGUUGAUUCUGGCAAGACAAAAUCUUUCUCAAAUGUCAUAAAUACAUCUACCUAACUUCUGAAACAGUUAUUGGUGCCUUACUAUAUGCAUAAGUGAAUUCAUAUUAUGAAAUGUAGCAAAUUUCUUGAAGAAAACGUCUCAACUCAAGUGAUUUGCACCCAGCACAAUGAAAUAUAUACAGUAUAUUUAGCUAAAAGCUUAUGUUUCAUACAUAAAAAUGACACAACCUACUAUGUAAUAACAGCAAUAAAAUAGCACAUCAUGGCCAUAAAUGGCUGAAAGUCAAUCAAAUUGCUACCACGCCCCCCAAAAUUGGAAUAAUGGAAAAAAUGUAACAAGACAAAAAUAAAUGCACAAAAGGUCUGAAUUAAUUCAAAAUAUGGUAUAAAACAUUUAUUCAAUUAUCACAGUGUCAAAACAUCUGACAUUUAUCAAUCCCUCCAGAAUAUGAAAAUGAAGAUCAAAACACAAACACAGACAAAUGUAGAACAGAUAUAAAAAUAAUAAAAAUCUCAAAUCUCGGUGUAGCAAUCCUUUAAACAAAACAAAUUGUACAUGGUGACAUGGUGCGUAUAUUACGCAUCACCUUCAUCAGAGUCAUCAUCCCAUACAGCUCUUUCUUCUGUUUCCUUUGAAGCAUUCUCACAUGCUUGGCACCAACAUAAAUCUGUACAAGAUAGUCUUGCAGACAUACAAGAACAUCCAUACAUUCACAGGUUGUGACUCGAUCAGUGCCUUUCAUGGCAAGGGCAAAAGAAAAACAUUUUCUGUUGCUUGUCAGAAAGAAGAAUACCUGACUGGGUUUGCAAAUCUGGGCAACAGUUUUAACCUUGACCAAUCCACCUUUAACACGCUGAGUAAUUAUGUGUGCCACCUUUUUCCAUUAUUCCAAUUUUGGGGGGCGUGGUAGCAAUUUGAUUGACUUUCAGCCAUUUAUGGCCAUGAUGUGCUAUUUUAUUGCUGUUAUUACAUAGUAGGUUGUGUCAUUUUUAUGUAUGAAACAUAAGCUUUUAGCUAAAUAUACUGUAUAUAUUUCAUUGUGCUGGGUGCAAAUCACUUGAGUUGAGACGUUUUCUUCAAGAAAUUUGCAACAUUUCAUAAUCUGAAUUUACUUAUGCGUAUACUAAGGCACCAAUAACUGUUUCAAAUGUUAGGUAGAUGUAUUUAUGACAUUUGAGAAAGAUUUUGUCUUGCCAGAAUCAACAAAGCAGUUUCUACAAGCAAAGACAGCAGCACCAUAUAACUGUUUUUUUGUGUUACUCACAUAUAUGUACAUUUCUGGCUGGUCUUUUGUCUCACCCUGUAGAGAAAGCCACUUUCUAAUACUAGUUCUGUAAGUUUCCUAACGUGUCCUUGUAAAGCCGAGAACGUCUUCAGUCUGGACAGAUGAUAGAUGCAUAUAGCAUCGUUUCGUUCCUUUUUAAUACACUUUUGAAGGCUGAUUUCUUUUUUUCCCUUUUCUUUUCUUCCUCCUCGCUUGUCUCGCUGCUAGAUCCGCUCAUUGCCAUGCUUGUGUAUUUCUGAUACUAUGGCAACGAGACUAGGCUCCUAUUGGUUCACGUGACAAAAAUCGCUUCACCCUCUGCAUAUUCGAUUGCGCGUGUGCAAGUAUCACUACGCCGCAGAAAGGAAAUAGUUUGACACCAAAAACUGAUUACUAAAAAUCGACAGGAUGGCAUGAGUAGAUAUUUUUUUUUAGUACUCACUAUCAGUAGAGCUAUUUUAUGAAUCACAGUUUAUGUUGCCCACUGAAGUGGAACGAACCAACACGAUCUCGCUCAGCCAAUACAGCCUAUCCAGUCUUGUUGACAUUCCUUAUUGUAAGAAUUAGAAAAACUUUUUUAAUCCCCAAAGGGAAAUUCAAUUGUCUGUUGUCUCACAUAACAUGUCUCUAAAAGUUAUCUACUAUUUACACAUGUAGCGAUUUCAAAUUCAAAAUAAAUGUCGAAAAUCAAUCAAAUUAAAUUAUGACAUUUAUGCACUCGUUGAAGGGGCACCACCCACCUUUCUGGUGGGAAAAGGACGAAACAAAGUUCAAUUGAGUAAUUAAACGUUGGAUCAGUCUUACACAGAUUUAAAUCAGUCUCUCAUCUGAGGCCGGAAUUCUUCAUUCAGGGACUACUUUCUGAAAGACCACUAAGACGACAACUUAAAAUUAAAUGGACAAUUUAUUAACAAGCUAUAUGAUAACAAAACGUCAAUAAAUGAUGAUCAAAUAAUGAGCAAAUCAAAGCACAUCUAAUGAAUAAACGAAGGAAUGGUUUAAAUUAAACUUAAGACUGGAGGUUAAUAAUAGUGAGUGAAUAAAGGGGAAAUUUAACCUACGUUAACGGAGUUACGAGGGUAAAUAAAAAGGAAUUUGGAGAACUAAACUAUAACUUAUGAGAGUAAGCUACUGAACGGUUGACGGCAUCACCCAGUUCUCAUCACAGCAGUUUCGAGGAUUUAGCCUACUUUGGACGUCGGUUCUCAGCGGCACCCUUGGAAUGGAUCAGCUGAAGUUCUGUGGCUACCGGACCGGAUACUGAAGGUUCGGCGGGGAGUUCUUCCGCCGUGUCUGGAUCUCAGCUUCAGGACCGUGUCAGCGCCGUUAGAUACUUCGGAUCUCUGGGCCUCUCGGAACCAGGUGGCAAAGCAGCUUGGCAGAUGAUGCUGGUCGGCGUUCAGGACUUGCUUGGUUGCAGAUUAAUUCGCGCCAAUAACUUAAGAAAAUAAUUUCGCUGGCCAGCCGAUAUUAUCUUCAGGAGUCACUUUAGCGAACAAAAAUAAAAAGACUUAGACUGAGGUUCUCUUAUGCGCGCAGCUUGUUACUGAGGCUCUAAAGGACUUGGGAAUGCUUUCAUCCAAGUUUAGAAUAAAAAUCUGAGCUUAAGGCACUUAAUAAAACGCGGGGAAAAAUUGCGAACGAUAGACGAAGACAAAAGAAAACUAGACGAAGAGAAAAACGAAGAAGAAACGAAAACAAGAGAGAACUAAACACAGAAGAGACAAAAACGGAAGAGACAAAAACUGAAGAGCGAGCAAAGACUCCCGGGCUCUUUUUAAACCAUCCCGUGUGGGCGUGAGCCAAGAGGAAAGUUACAGCCAAUGCUGUAACCCGAUGCAGCACAUCGACUGGCAGCGAAUUUAACUCAACUUGAUAUUAAAAGCGAGCUAGAUCUAAUUUACUCACUUACUAUGAUUAAACUGUUUGUAACAUCACAUACGAUCACAUUUCACUUCAUUGUUUCUUAUGAGCAGACGCAUUAAAGCAUGACAUUGAAAACAGUAAACUUUGAUCAGCCGUCUUCUUGACACUAACAGAGGAUUAACGACUUUUAAAAGUUAGAGAGGGGCAGAAAACAAAUUAUCUAUUUGAACAGAAACACCAUCCAGCAUAAGAAACACAUACGUAAUAAUAUUUGACAACAUUAUAACCUUGUCAAUCAAGCUUCCUAGAUGAUUAAUAUAUAUUUUUGUGUGAGGUAGAUAAAACAUAGUAUGGAUACAUUCCGAAACUCUUAACUUGAGUCUAAACGAGUUUCACGUUACUACUUCUAAACUACUAGCCUAUCUUGGGAAUACCAUUUACUAAGCUACGAAGUGUAUAACAAAAAGGGAAGAAAUACACAUGAUUAGAUUCCUGCCAUUUGGCUCUGAUCAAACCAUAUUCAGGCAUCACCACUAGGAGGAGCUCUUGGUCCAUGGAAAUCCUGGAAUAAAUUUGUGAAGUUAACAGUUUGGCUUGUGGAUAUGUUACAGAAUUGGGAAAAAGACCAUUUCAUUAAGAAUGUGGUGUACAGACAGAAAAUUCUGGUGAAGUGUCCAUUAAACAUGAAGUUAAACCAUUUUCAGGCAUCCUCUUCCUUCUGCUCUGUAAAGAAAGCCAAGGAAUUUUAUGGCAGGUAUCUGGUUUUUCAGAUUUGGCGCCAACUGGCUUGUUUUCCCUUUUAGGUCAUUGGGUUAAUCCUGAAGUGUCAAUUCUGAUCUUUCCCAGCCAGGGUGAGAGACUCCGUGUUUAUGGGUCUGUGUGGUUGAUAAGCAACUUGUCCUUUUUGGGAAGCGUUAAAGAUUCCCUAUCACCUCCCAAAUGGUUUUCUGGGUCGUAAAUGGGAACUUGGUGUGCAAACCGUUUCUCCCCCAUUUCCUAUCCAAACCAGGGGAGCCUGCAUUCCUUUGAGGGGUGAAUUCAAUGUGGAUAGCAGAAAGCAGUUGUCUCACUACACACAAGAGUUAUAAAGUCUGAUGGCUGUUGGUACAAAAGGUCUUUUGAAUCUUUCUAUCCUGCAGUGAAGAGAGAGGAGCCGUCCACCACCAUUGGCCCUUUGGCACUGUUUGUGUCUCCAGCAGUGUGAGCAAACUGAUGCCUGAAUAGAAUGUGUCUGGGUCAGAUAUUAUUUAACAGCACAGAUAACCCUUCUUCCUGUCUCUGCAUAAGACGGAUAGCUGAUGUAAGCUACUGAAACAGACAUGAUAGAAUAAUGCUGAAAAACUGCAGCAAUGUGGUCAAACUGAAUCACUUCACUUUUCCUCCCACAGCUAACAGCUGCCAGGUUGGCUGGAGCUCUGCCCAGGAGCAAAGUCAAGAGCAAUGUCUUCAUCUCUGGGCUUCUCUUAAGCACACAGUCGACUAAGACCAUGCAAAUGGACCUUCUGGUCCAAAAUCUUAAGUAAAUUGACCAGAGGUGCCCAUACCAAAGUGAUGAAUUUAAAUCAUUUUGUGGCUCUCUGUUUUAGUGGCCUGCUGGAUUUUCUGUGCAGGUGUAAAAAGCUUUACCACUCUAUGAUGAAUGAACACCCAGCGCAGAGUGGUCAAGCUAAUAGACCUGCAUGGAAGAUGAAUGGUAAACAUUUUAAAGGGCGGCGUUGAGGUUCAAAUACCAGCUAAGUAAAAGCGGCAAAAGCUUAUUGUGAAAAACAAAAACACAGUUUACUAUGAAAAGAGUGUCAUGGACUGGCUGGGACUGUUUGUAUUUAAGUGGAUCAUACAGAAAUUGAGAUGACAAGAUCUUUUCUGGGUAAACAAAUUUGCUCAUCUUUCUGCCAUGUUUAGCAUGGUCUGACUGUUUCAAAAACAGCUUAAAAACAAAACUGUCAGAAGAAAUGAAAAAGCAUUUUAUCAGUCAUACUGUGUUAGAAGAUAAAAUAUUGAAAACUCCAAAAUCAAGAGGCUUCUUCAGUUCUAAUUAUUGCUCGUGUGAGGAGCAGAUAUUUAUCUUAUCUUACAUUUAUCUUACAUAACUCUCACAAAAUUAGCCAAGCUAACCGAAAUAAGCCAGGCUUUGAGCUAAGCCAGCUUCGUGGAAUACCCCCCAGGUCUAUUAGCUUGACCACUCUGCGCUGGGUGUUGAUUCAUCAUAGAGAGGUAAAGCUUUUUACACCUGCACAGAAAAUCCAGCAGGUCACUAAAACAGAGAGCCACAAAAUGAUUUAAAUUCAUCACUUUGGUACUGUAAUCCCUUACGUUGCAGGCCUGUUGGAAAAACUCAAGAGGAUCUUUGGCAAACACCAUAUUCCUGCAUUUGCGCAGUAGCUGUCAGCAGGAGAGUCACUGUGAUGACAAUCUUCUCAAACAGUGUAUACUUCUUGUGAGCUACACAAUCUUCUCAUGCCCAUACACUGUAUCAAGUGUCAAUCGUAGAAAACACGAACCCCCUAAUAACUUUUAAAAAUAGAGCUGCACAGAAAAAAGAGGACUUGAGCACAAACCAGUCUUACAGUAACUACAUGUCAACAUUGCAACCAAGGGGGAGAAAACUUUGUGUAAUUAAUUUCUAAAGUUUGUCCACAGAUCCAUUAAGUUUGCUGGAGGAGGCGGGAUCUGUGACCUGUACUGCAGCCCGUCACCAGAGGAUGCUGUUUUCAUGGAGGCUUAACCCAUCAAGGAGGUAAAGGAAAGUCCAUUCUAUACACAGUCUAUAAUAAAAACCCACCAACAUCGAAGUGUUAUUCUAGAGAGAAUCGACUGUUCACUCAACCUGUCAGUGCUCACAAAGUUAUAACUGCACACUGUUGCAAUAGUGGCUUGCCACACACUUCCAAGAAAAGAUCGCAACGCCAAACCAAGUGUCAUCAUUCGCUUUUUGAACAGAAAGCACAAAAUGGAAUCAAUGCAACAAGGGAAGAAGCUUAAAGGAACAGCUGUGUACAUAAAUGAACACCUAACGAAACGAAACGCGGAGAUUGCAAGAAUGGCCCGAAUGCUGAGGAAAGAGAAUAAGAUAAAGUCAACCUGGACCCGUAAUUGUAAAGUGAUGAUUAAGCUGAAUGGAGAGUCACCAGAAGUCGCCAAAGUACUGACGGUAAGAGACAUAAAUGAACUUGACACCUACAGAUAAAGGGCUUUGGUUUGCUGGUUUGAUAGCCAUGGAUAAUCCUGAUGAAGAGCAUUCCCAAACUAUAUGAUGGAUCAGAACUGUUUUUCCUACUUACUUUUGAUUUUUUUACUUCUGGAUUGGCUUAUUUUUUGCAUGCUAACUGAGACCUUUUUACGGAAUGAAGGAUUCUUGCUACCUGGUAUAAUGCAUGAGACUUGUGCGGAACUGGAUUACUGUUAUUAUUUAACCUAUUGUAACCAAUGACAGAUUCUGAUAGUGAUGAUACAGAUGUAAUGUCUGGGGUCAAUGAAGCUACUCCACUAAACUCAUAUCUAGAUUUAGAUUAUGAAACAUUUAACUAUUCUGGAAAAAGAAGACAUGAUAUGGACAUUGACCCAGAAACAAAUUUUUUCCAUACUAUGCACAAUGAUUGUAGGUAUUACACUGAACAACAAUUUAACAUAAAGGUUGAAAUGGUAGGUGUGUUCUCAAUUAUACACAUCAAUAGCAGAAGCCUAGUUAAACAUUUCUCAAAAGUCUAUGAUUUCUUGAAGCUAUUUAAAACUAAAUUCAGUGCAAUAGCAGUCUCAGAAUCCUGGAUAACAAAUGAAAUAGUAAAAGAUUAUGAGUUGCGGGGGUAUAAUAUGUUUUAUGUUAACAGGAGAAGGAAAAAGGGUGGGGGAGUGGUAUUAUAUAUCGAUGAGACCCUACAAUGCAAGGAACUGCAGAAUAUGUCUAUAGGGAUAGAUGACAAGUUGGAAAUCAUUACAGUUGAAAUUGAAAUGAAAAAAGUUAAGAACAUCAUUAUAAGCUGUGUCUACAAAGCUCCAGUAUGUGAAAUAGACGUUUUAAAGGAACAGAUGGUUGAACUGUAUGAAAAAGUAAGUAAUAAGAAGACUGUAUUUGUAUGUGGUGACUUUAACAUUGAUUUAUUAAAUCCACAGGGACAAAUAGGAAUAUCUGAUUUCAUUGACACCAUGUUUAGUAUAGGUUUAUCACCUCGGAUCACUAAGCCUAGCAGAAUUACCGGAUCCAGUGCAACUCUCAUUGACAAUAUUUACUCUAACAUCAUGGAUACCACAGUAGGGGGGUUGUUCAUCCAAGACAUCAGCGAUCAUUUACCAAUUUUUACAACAUUUCAAUGUAAUAUAAGGGAACCCCCUGCGGAAAAACCUCAGACAACAUUUAGACUGAGAAAUCCAGAAAGGGUGGAGUUACUAAAAAAGGAUCUAAUGAGACAAACUUGGGAUUCUAUUUAUGUUGCUGAUGUAAAUGAAGCUUAUAAUUCAUUUUUACGUGUCUUUAAAGAGUGUUAUGAUAAGAACUGCCCAUUGAGAACACAUAAGGACAGAAACAAAGAAGAAAAUAAGCCUUGGAUAACAAAAUCCCUACAGAAUGUAAUACAAAAGAAAAAUAGACUAUAUAGAGAAUUUAUACGAUGUAGAACAGAAAAAGCUGAAAGAAAAUAUAAGUUAUAUAAAAAUAAAGUGACAAAUAUUUUAAGGAUACGUAAAGAGAAUUAUUACAGUAAGCGGAUGGAAGAGAGUAGAAACAACAUAAGAGAGACAUGGAAAGUAAUCAACAGCUUGAUUAAAAAAAACAUGGGGAAAGAGGAUUUCCCUCAAUCCAUAUUAAAGGGUGACAUUUAUAUAUCUAAUAAGGAACAAAUGGCAAAUGAGUUUAAUGAUUUCUUCAUAAAUGUUGGCCCUAACUUGGCAAGCGAUAUUGUACAACCAGUUGUUGCGGAUGAUGUGAAUAAUUUGAUUGACGCAAAUGUAAAUUCUAUGUUUCUUACUCCCACUCAUGAAACUGAAGUGAUGGGGAUUGUUACAGCAUUCAAAAGCAAACGGUCGACAGAUAACAACGGGAUCGACAUGUCAUUAAUUAAGGAUACUAUCGAAGCUGUAGUUAGACCUCUGACCUAUAUUUUUAAUCUUUCACUCUCAACAGGAAUAUUUCCAAAUGAAAUGAAAACAGCCAAAGUUAUUCCCUUGUACAAGUCUGGUGGAAAAGAUCUGGUAUCAAAUUACAGACCAGUUUCCUUGCUGCCUCAAUUCUCAAAAAUUCUUGAGAAAUUAUUUGACAAAAGAUUGGAUAGUUUCAUAGAGAAGCAUAGUAUCUUGAGUGAAAAUCAAUAUGGUUUUAGAACAAACCAGUCUACAGGAUUAGCCCUCAUGAAACUUAUAGAUGACAUAACCACUGCAAUUGACAAUAAUCUAUACACAAUAGGUAUUUUUAUAGAUCUAAAAAAAGCAUUUGACACAAUUGAUCAUGACCUUUUACUUCAAAAGAUGUUUAAAUAUGGUGUCAGAGGGCUAGCUCACGCUUGGCUUUGUUCUUAUUUAAGUGACAGAUGGCAAUACGUCUCUUUGGGUAAAACUGAUUCUGGACUGUUGAAGGUUAAGUGCGGCGUCCCACAAGGGUCAGUCCUUGGUCCAAAGUUAUUUAUCCUGUAUCUGAAUGAACUCUGUAAUGUGUCUAAGUAUAUGAACUCCAUCCUUUUCGCAGAUGACACUAACUUUUUUUGUUCCGGAGAGCACUUAUCUGAAAUCAUAUCUACUGUUGAAAAGGAGAUGAAAUUGGUUAAAAAAUGGUUUGAUGCAAAUAAAUUGUCGUUAAAUACAAGUAAAACAAAAUUUAUGAUAUUUGGGAACCGUAAAAUAGAUUCAGAUGUUAAACUGAGCAUUAACGAUAGAGAAAUUGAAAGAGUGUCAGAAGCAAAAUUCUUGGGUGUCACGUUGGACCAAAGACUGAACUGGAAAACUCAUAUAAAUCAUGUUAAAUCAAAAUUAGCAAAAUCAAUUGGCAUAAUUCACAAGGUAAAGGAUUUAUUGAACCAGUAUGCCUUAUAUAUUUUGUAUUGCUCAAUUGUAGUCCCAUAUAUCACCUACGGCCUGGAAAUAUGGGGAAAUGCAUACCCUACCCAUACGCAACCUAUCUUCAUCUUGCAAAAAAGAGCAGUACGAAUUAUCACAAAUUCAACUUACAGAGAACCAUCAAAUAAAUUAUUCAUUAAACUAAGAGCAUUAAAAUUUAAGGACCUGGUGGACUACAAAAUAGCACAGACCAUGUACAAAGUACAUAAUAAUUCAUUGCCGUGUAAAAUUGUCAAUAUGUUUAAAAAAAGGGAAUGUAGGUAUGAACUCCGUGGGACACAUUUGAUGGAAAAAAUAAAAACUAGAACCAAGACCAAAGAACAGUGUACUUCAGUUAAAGUGUGAAUUUAUGGAAUGCCCUUGACGAUGAAUUAAAAACGUGUCAGACUAUUCACAAAUUUAAAUCGUUGUUUAAAAGCAAGGUGAUAGAAAAUUAUAGAAAUAAUGAUUGAGGUUAUGGAUUAAUUUAUAUUCUGGAUUUAAUUUGAUUAUUAUUAUUUUUAUUUAUUUUUUUCUUUCUUCUGAGUCAUCUUUUAUUCUUUGUUUUGUUGAUGUGUUGUUUUUGUUUUCUAUCUAACGUGUGGAAUAAGAUGUUUUGAAUAUUUUUAUUUAGUAAGAAGGAUAGGCGUUAAUAAGCUUUUGCUUCAGCCUAUGCCUUUUCGGUCUGGUUUUCUUUUUCUUUUUCUCUUUCUUUUCUUGUAAUUUACUGUAUAUAUUGAAUGGAUAUGACCAGAUCGAAAUAAACUUCAAACUUCAAACUUCAAACUUCAAAUACAGGGAAUUUUUCUGAAAAUGGGAUUGUAUGCAGAAUUACUAUGCUUAAACCAUAAUUGUAAAUAUGAUAAUUUUUUGGCCACGGUUAUCACAAGAUUGAAAUCUGUGUUGGGACAGCUCUAAAUUGUAUGAAAUAGUUAUACUUCUUCACUCAGACACUGAAUGGAUGUUAAUAUUCUUAGGUGGUAUGAGAAUCCACUCUUCCCCCUUGUGCUCUUAUUUUCCAGCUGUGCCAUGGCUUUAGACAAUGUGACAAUCAGAGGUUACAGACUGUAACUAACACUGCACCUAUGUGUCACAGCUGCUGUCCACAGUCCUGAUCCAGAGCCCACAAGACACACCAAAGCUGUCGGGGAUUGUUGCUGUCUAGUUUGCAAACUGGUAUUAUUCCCACUGCUGACAAUUACUGGAUGCAGUCUUUCCAGCUGGUGGGAUCUGGAAUUUCAGACAAUUUAGAGAGGUGUUCUAGUCCUGGUAUUUGGUUCUCCUCUUACCAGACUGAGUCACGAACUUUUACUGAUACAAAACUGACUCAAAGCUUUUGAAAUGUGUGUGUGUGUGUGUGUGUGUGUGUGUGUGUGUGUGUGUGUGUGUGUGUGUGUGUGUGUGUAAAAUCCAGAUUAGUCAAUAUCCUAAAUAUCAUAAUGUACAUCCAAUUAGUUUUCAGAUAAGCCUGCCACCCAUCCGUGGCUGCAGUCCUCACCAGCCCAGCCAGACUCUAAUUCCCUUCCUCAACCUGACUUGUAUUUUUUUAUUAAUACCAAAACAUAUCUGUAACAUUCUUUAUUAUCUUCAGUAGCUUUGUCCUUGAUCUGAAUUCAGUGGAUCAGUCGUUUUUGUUUGUUCCUCGUCAACAGUUAAAGUCAACAGGGAUUUGAAAUGAAUGAACACUGUGGUUAUACUGGUAGGUGAUUGUUUUAUGUACUCAUUUUAGGCACUUUUUAUACAGAAAAUGUGUAUUGCUUAUAACACAAAAGCUCCUGGUUUAGCACCUAGUCUAACCCUCAUAUUUAGUAAUAGACAGCAACACUGGAUUUCUUGAAAUACUGUCAGCAAGUUUCAGUUUUGGACUUUUCAUGCAGAUAUAUUGUCAGCAAAAUAUAACCCUCUUCUUAUGUGGAUUACAGGACAGCAACUUUAAACAGGGGCUGAUGUUUUAGAAAAGCAUAUUGAAAGAAAACAUCUGCAAAGAGAGAGCCACAAAGAUCAAAAUACAAGCUUAGGGCAUUUCAAUCCACUCAGCAGGUUCACAGAACAUACUCUCAGCACAUUCAUGGUUUCUGGAAGAAUAAAUCUCCUCCACCAUAACAAGCUGUCUGCUUGACAGUUGCAAAUGUGCUCUAAUUUUGACUCUAAUUUGAAUGCACAGAUCAGGGGGAAGUGGUGUUGGUGAUUGGCAUAUUCUGAAAAUCAAGUGGACUACAAACACUUAAUGACAUCAAUCACUGACAGGAGCCCAGUGGAUGAAAUGCAACAUGUUUACUAAUUACGCUGGCACCCAAUAAGACAAAAUCAUGGCAGCCUUGCACAUACAGGGACUGCAUUGAUGUUUUAUUCAGGGAUGCACAAUACAUAUCAGCUUAAUACAUAUACAUUACAGGCCAAAAGUUUGGACACAACUUCUCAUUCAAUGCAUUUUCUUUAUUCUCAUUACUGUUUAAAUUGUAGAUUCUCAGUGAAGGCAUAAAAACUAUGAAUAAACACAUGUGGAAUCAUGUGCUUAAUGAAGGCAUUAAAAAAUUUAAAAGGGAAUGCAGGAGUGCUGAAAGGAGAUGGAGGAAAUCAAAGCUGACAGUGGAUUAUGAAAUAUUACACCGACUUCUUAAGAUUUACAAUAACGCAAUCAAACAAGCAAGAAUCUCCCAUUUCCAAAAUCUAAUCCAUAACCAUAAAAAUAAUCCCAAAUUCCUGUUCUCCACAAUAGAUCUUUUAACAAACAAAAAUUUUAAAAGAUCCUCCAUAACACCGGAUAAUGCCGUUUGUGAGGAUUUUGCAGACCAUUUCAGAAGAAAAAUAGAUGACAUUCGAUCCAGUCUUUUAUCCCGACAGCUUUUAACACCUGGAUCACCGAGUUUACCCGAGGAAGCACUGGAAAGUUUUGCCCUGGUUGAUGCGAGGACACUUGGUCAAGUUUUCUCCCAGGUAAAGCCCACAACCUGCCUUUUAGACCCAAUUCCCACACCGUUUUUUAAAAAACUUUAUGGAUUCUUCGAGGAACAGCUGUUGUAUUUGGUGAACUGCUCUCUUCAGACGGGACGGGUGUCUUCCCCACCGCCUUUAAAACGGCGAUGGUGAAGCCCCUUCUGAAGAAGAGUGAUUUGGAUCCCAAUGUUUCAAAUAACUACCGGCCUGUAUCCAACCUACCAUUUUUAGGUAAAGUUCUGGAAAAACUCGUUUUUAACCAAGUAAAUGAUUUUUUAAACUCAAAACAUAUUUUUAGAGACCCAUCAGUCUGGCUUUAGGAGGAUCCACAGCACAGAGACAGCACUUCUGAAGAUUUUAAAUGACAUCAGAUGUGACUUAGAUAACCACAAACUCACAGUGUUGGUUCUGCUGGAUCUAACAGCCGCCUUCGAUACAGUAGACCAUCACAUUUUAUUAAAUAGACUGCGGAAUGUGGUUGGCCUCUCUGGUACUGUUCUUAAGUGGUUCACGUCCUACCUGACUGAUCGAAAUUUCUUUAUAAGUAUGGAUACAUGUUCCUCAAGGACCCAUAAAAUUGAGUGUGGGGUUCCCCAAGGGUCAAUUCCAGGUCCAGCUCUGUUCAACCUCUACAUGUUACCCCUUGGGGAUGUCAUCAGGAGGCACGGCAUCAGCUUCCAUAGCUAUGCUGAUGAUACGCAACUGUACAUCACCGUGUCUCCUGAUGACACAGGGCCAAUUGAUGCCCUUUUUAACUGCAUUUUAGACAUUAAAUCAUGGAUGGCAGCAAACUUCCUGCAGCUCAACCAGGACAAAACAGAGGUUUUAGUCAUUGGUCCUGAAGGCCAGAGAGAGAAACUUUUACCAAAGUUACAGGAUUUUAAACCUUCAAAAUCUGUAAAAAAUCUGGGUGUGAUUUUUGACUCCGAGCUCACGUUUAUUCCACAUAUCAAAAACAUAACGAAGAUAGGUUUCUACCAUCUUAAGAAUAUAGCAAGAGUCUGCCCGUUUCUCUCUCAGGCCAGCACGGAAGUGCUGAUGCAUGCUUUUAUCUCGUGUCGUUUGGAUUAUUGUAAUGCCCUGCUCUCUGGUCUUCCCAAAAAGAACAUGCAAAACCUACAAUUAUAACAAAACUCAGCCGCAUGUGUGCUGACGAGGACCAGAGGGCAGGAGCACAUUACUCCUGUCUUAAAAUCGCUGCAUUGGCUCCGUUGUGCGUUUCAGGAUAGAUUUUAAGGUUCUCCUCCUAAUUUUUAAGUGUCUUAAUGGUCUUGGGCCGUUUUAUUUAUCCGAGAUACUUUUACCUUAUCAACCCUCACGGACCCUGAGGUCCUCUGGAGCUGGUCUCUUAAAAAUCCCACAAGUAAGAACUAAGACAUACGGGGCGGCGGCAUUCAGUUAUUAUGGCCCCCGAUUGUGGAACAGCCUCCCAGAGAGCCUCAGGGCUGCAGAGAAUGUUAUUAUUUUUAAAAAGGGGCUAAAGACUCAUCAUUUUAAUCAGGCUUUUAACUGACUAGUUUAACUCUUUUAAUCCCUUUUAUGCUCACUUUUAUUGUUACACUAUCUAACACUUUUUAUUACCGUUCUAUUUUAUACUUCAAUCUAUCAAUAUUAUUAUUAUUAUUUUUAGUCUGGCGUGUUUUACAGUGCACAGAAUCAUUUUAUCUUACAUUAGUUACUGGGUCUGUCUUAGCGAUUACAGUUUAUUCCUUCAGUUUUAGUUUCUAUACUUUUAUGUCUUAUUUUAUUCUUUAAGUCCCUCAGUUCUUCCAGUGUUUCCUCCUGGGGGCUGCUUCACCGGGAGCAGGUUCUGGUCUGUUGGUGGGGGCGCCGUUCUGGGGACAGCUCUGGCCCGGGUGGAACCAGAGAGCUCUACACCUUGGUGUGGAGCCUCCUGUCUGCCCGGGCUGGUGGUCCCUGUGACGGCGCCCCCUGCAGCAAUGGGCCGGGAUGCCUCCCGGUCGACGUGGCCCCCAAAGGUAGUGUCUUCCUCACCUCAGAUCUCAGUGCCCAGUCAUGUCUCCUCACCAUCAGCUGCUAACUGUGUAGGUGCGUGUGUAUGUAAAUUUGUGUGUGUGGGAAUGUAUGUCUAUGUGCACGGGUGUGUGUAUGGGUAUAAUUGUGCGAGUGGGAGGUUUGGGGUUUUCUUGGGGAUUUUAAUGUUUCAUUUUCUUUUUAUGCUUUGUAAGGCACUUUGUGUUACAACUUUGUAGGAAAAGUGCCAUAUAAAUGAAAUAAAGUUGAAGUUGAAGUUCAGAAAAAAGUGUGAAAUGACUGAAAACAUGUAUUAUAUUUUUGAUUCCUCAAAGUAGCCACCCUUUGCUUUUUUGAUAGUGCUGCAAACUUGUGCUGUUCUCUCACUGAGCUUCAUGAGGUAGUCACCUGAAAUGGUUUUUAUUUCACAGGUGUGCCCUGUCAGGGUUACUUCGUGACUGACUAAGUUCUUCUGUCAUCAAGAGCAAAGGGUGGCUAUUUUAAAGACACUAGAAUAUAAAAUAUGUUUUCAGUUAUUUCACACUUUUUUUAAAAGUACAAAAUUCCACGUGUUCAUUCAUAGUUUUAGUCAUAGUUUAGAAGUAAAUAGUCUUAUAAAAAAUAAAGAAAAGACAUUGAAUUAGAAGGUGUGUUCAAACUUUUGGCCUGUACUGUAUAUUUGAUAAAUUUUCUGCCACUUUAGUAGAAAAUUGGUAUAUCAAGUGUACGUGGGUCACUUGACCAGAAACUGCUCACAGCCACUUGAGCCACAGACAAACUGGUCUUCCUGUCUGGUAAUUUGUGAUCCCAGAAACACAGGAAGGAUCCACUCCCAUCUCUGUGAGCUUGUCUUUGAGUAUGGUGGGUUGGAUGGUGUUGAAUGCACUUGAAAAGUCAAAGAACAUGAUCCUCACAUGAAUCCCAGGUUCCUCCAGGUGAAACAGGGCACGGUGAAGCAUGUAGAGGACAACAUCAUUCACUCCAAUGUGUACUUUUUAUGCAAACUGCACAAAAUGAACUAAUGAACUUAAGUAGAAAUUUGAUUCACUGAUGUGGAGAUAAAGAGCUGAGCCAUAGGUCUUCACAUGUAAACACAAAGACUAAGUCAUACCAAAGACUUUAUAAUGGUACCCAGUGCCUCCUUGCUUGGUAAUCAGCAUCAAAGGUUAGAUUGGGGACAUCGUGUUGAGGAUAAUGUACUUAAACAUCAAGCUGGCUGCUUACUUUUCUAUUUACAUUUGCAACUGCACAGUGCUGUGCAGGUUAACCCUAAUCUGACACAUUUGCACCUUUCACAGCACUCUGAUUUACAGCAACACUUUGCGCAACUGGUGCAUUUGCUGUCCAAAAGACCCAACAUUGUUCAUCAACCUUUUUUCAUCCUCACACUGCAGGACUAUCUGCUUUUGGCUGAUGCUGGGUUGCCUGAGUCCAUAUGCAAAGCCUCCAUGACAUGCAGCACAUCUAGUGUGUUAAAGUAGAGCUUUUCUUGUUUGGGGAAUGGCUUCAUAUAGCCUCUGCUUUCAGGCAAACAUGUCAAGUCUAGCCUCAUCCACACUGACAGCUACAGUUGAUCUAUCAUGCAUCAGGACAACAGACUUCUCCAGGAUUUCAAGGUCACCAUCAGCCAGUACAGGAGGCUAUUGACUCAAUUUGCUGAAGAUGGGAGAGGCCUCAGGGCUAAUGUCUCAUGUUUGCCAUGCAGUCUUUUUGCCUUUGUUUGCUGAUACAGUAUCACAACCUGUGAAGGCGUGAAAGAAUGAUAUGCCUUUGGUCCUCAUAGAUCCAAUGACGCUGCACAGAAAUGGUGGACAUCUAGGGGAUUCAGGUGGUAAUCUCAAAGAAUGGCUACAAUCUUAAAAUUUCAAGUGGCUGUGAGCAGUUCUUGGUCAAGUGACCCACUUACACUUGAUAUACCAAUUUUCUACUUAAGUGACUACCAUCUUGAAAAUUGGCCGCCAUUUGUAAUUUUCGAGUGUCUAACGUCAUCUUUCAAAAGAGUGGUCCUUAGAGAGUAUUUGUGCCAAAUUUCAUGCUUGCAUCACCAUUUGAACGAUUCUCUUAAAUAUGCAAUUAUCUGCUGCACAAAGUCAGAUUCCAGGACAAUUUACAGUAACAAAUUAAACUUACAAGCAUGUUUUGGGGGGCUGGAGCACCCACAGAAAACCCACAUAAAAAGGGAAAAGAUCAGGAUCUUCGUUGAUUUGGCAAUUGGACUUGUUUGAGGAUCUUGAGGACUUCUGUUCCAAAAGGCUCUUUUAGUCAAAACUUCACAUGUUUUGGGGAGACCAGAGCACCCAGAGAAAAUCCCAUAUAAAAAGGAAAGGUUCCAAUUCUCCGUUGGAAGAGCAACUGGAAUUAUUUGAGGUUCUCAAAGACCAUCGCUUUUGUUCCAAAAAGCUCUUUUAGUUCUAAUGUGAUGGGCUUAAGUUGGAAAUUCAUGUAAAAUUAGAUGGAUAUAUUAAGAAGGUGAUACUGUGGGAAUGUGCUCAAUCAAUAUCAAGUUUUUCUUCUUCUUCAACUUCAGAGGUUCCUCAACAAGCAGAGGUUCCAACUUCUGCUCCUUUCUUCCUUGUUGAAAAGAUUGUUCAGCCCUUAGCUUCAGUCUUUUAGCACGGCACUUCCUUUCUUCAUUGUGGUCAUUUUUUUGUUGGAGGGCAUCUCUUUCUGCCAUAAGCCUCUGGAUCUCCUCCUGGUGCUCUAAGACCUGGUCAGCACACGACGUUACUGUCUCAAGCUGCUGCUGGAGGACUACAUUCUUGUGUACAAGGGUUUUUUUUCAGCCACCUGAUUCUCAAUUAUAACCUCCAAAUUGACCAUCCUUUCAUCUUGUGACCGCUGUUCAUAUUCAAACUGCUCCUUGAGCAAAGCUUCAUACCUCUGGGAUGCUUUCUUGUGUGACUGUUUAAGGUACACAAGUUCAUCUGUUGCACCUUUUAACAAUAUCUCCCAAUCAGCCAGGUGAUCCUUUAUAUAAUCUUUUUAAUUUUGGAGCUGUAUCCUGUGUUCCUGCUUCUCUACAUACUUUGCCCCCUCUCGUUUCAACAAGUCAAGGUGGUAUGUGACAAUCAUAGACUGUAUAUACUAUGGACAACUUGGUUCUGCCUACCGCCUGUAUACGGAUUUGAAGCCAAAAAGCUCUCAAUAUUUCCGGGAAUUUUCUUCAUUUCCUGAAAAAAGAGCUGCACAGUAGCGAUGUGCGCAUUCGGCCGUGCUGUCGCCGAGAGUCGCUGUGAUGAUGCUCGGCUCAAACAGCGUAUCCCCGGGAAGAGCUACGCAAUCCCUGAAUGCCCAUUAGUCCUUGAGCCAAGAACCAAAAUUUCACAUAUCGGUACCACUUGGGUGGGCAAAUUCUAGUUGUGAUUUUUUUAUUGCUAUACAUCCCUACAAUAAGUUUUUAUAUGCUAGACCUUGGUAACUGGUAGCUUUAUUGUAGUUAUCACUCAUUAAAGUAAUAGAGUGCAGCUGUUCAAAAAUGAAAAAUCGCCUUCCUUCAAAAUUAGCUUUCUUUCAUUUAACCUCUCAUUUAGGUGUAUUUGGACUAUUGGCUAGCCAUAGAGACCUGUAAUAACCCCCUAAGUAGUAUUUCAAGUAAUUUAUCUAAUACAGGUGUGUAUAUAUAAGCUUCAAUUAGCCAAUUGUCAGGUCUAAUUCAAGGUCUAAAUUAAGGAUAUUUUUUUACUUAGAAGUAGAAGUAAAGUAAAUGCAGACUAAUAGCAUUAUAAUAACACAACUUUAAUAUGACACUGACAUAUUUUCAAUGCAGGAACUCAAUAUACAAUCAUCCUGGCUGGUGCAGGGCAAGAAGACAUUAGCAACAAAAUACGAUCUACUGAUGUAUACACUCUAUGCAAUCAUCUGAGAAAACUCCAAUUCCUAUUCAAAGUCCUAUUCUUUCCAUAAGGAACAGUGACAGCAAAUAUGACUGUCAAGUUUUGGCUUAGUACAUAAUACUGUCACUGAGUCACAGUGGGUCUGUUAACAUAGCUCCCUUUGGUCAUCAUUUUUUAAUCAACAUCAGUAAUCGACAUCAGUAUCUGUAUCUUCUUCUACAUCCGAGUCUGCCGGGUGUGCAAGGGGCUCUUCCUCACUGUACUGGUUGGCACAAGUUUGUAAUUUGCACAGGUUUGUGCACUUCAGCCCAUUGCUGAGACAGGUGCAGUCUGGUGGUUUGCAUGUCCUCACACACUUGCAGGAUAGCAACUGCAAGACUGCAUCUGGUGCUGGGGAACCACGCAUCCACUGUAUUUCCAGCUGCCCUUCGUCAUUUAUGGUCCACCCAUGGUCCUUGGGGCUUGGUACGGAUGGCUUGGUAUGAAGAGACCGUCUCCAGAUAGCAGCCUGGUAGUUGGCACGAAUCAAAUGCAUUAAUACGCAAUCCUGACAUGGUGGAAGCUGGCUGUACUCAACUUUAUCCAAGGUCCUGCAUGAAGGUGGUGAUAGUGAAAGGAUUGACGUUGUCUUUGACGUUUACAAGGACAUGUCAAUCAAAAAUUCAGAAAGACUAAACAGAGGUGCAGACAUGGGGAUCCAGUUCAGAAACAUUGUUUCUGUCCACAAUAUUCAGCAGUGGAGGAAACUUCUCUGCAGCCCUGCCAAUAAAGCCAGUCUCAUCAAGUUCUUGGUGGAGGAAUGGAGUUUUUCUCAGAUGAUUGUAUAGAGUGUAUACAUCAGUAGAUCUUAUUUUGUUGCUAAUGUCUUCUUGCCCUGCACCAGCCAGGAUGAUUGUAUAUUGAGUUCCUGCAUUGAAAAUAUGUCACUGUCAUUUUAAAGUUGUGUUAUCAUAAUGCUAUUAGUCUGCAUUUACUUUACUUCUUCGGUCUUGGAGUUACUAUCCUGCAAGUGUGUGAGGACAUGCAAAUCACCAGACUGCACCUGUCUCAGCAAUGGGCUGAAGUGCACAAACCUGUGCAAAUUACAAACUUCUGCCAACCAGUACAGUGAGGAAGAGCCCCUUGCACACCCGGCAGAUUCAGAUGUAGAAGAAGAUACAGAUACUGAUGUCGAUUAAUAAAUGAUGACCAAAGGGAGCUAUGUUAACAAACCCACUGUGACUCAGUGACAGAAUUAUGUACUAAGCCAAAACUUGACAGUCAAAUUUGCUGUCACUGUUCCUUAUGGAAAGAAUAGGACUUUGAAUAGGAAUUGGAGUUUUCUCAGAUGAUUGCAUAGAGUGUAUACAUCAGUGGAUCUUAUUUUGUUGCUAAUGUCUUCUUGCCCUGCACCAGCCAGGAUGAUUGUAUAUUGAGUUCCUGCAUUGAAAAUAUGUCAGUGUCAUAUUAAAGUUGUGUUAUUAUAAUGCUAUUAGUCUGCAUUUAUUUUACUUCUACUUCUAAGUAAAAAAAUAUCCUUUAUUUAGACCUUGAUUUAGACCUGACAAUUGGCUAAUUGAAGCUUAUAUAUACACACCUGUAUUAGAUAAAUUACUUGAAAUACUACUUAGGGGGUUAUUACAAGUCUCUAUGGCUAGCCAAUAGUUCAAACACACCUAAAUGAGAGAUUAAAAUUAAAGAAAGCUAAUUUUGAAGGAAGGCGAUUUUUCAUUUUUGAACAGCUGCACUCUAUUACUUCAAUGAGUGAUAACUACAAUAAAGCUACCAGUUACCAAGGUCUAUCAUAUAAAAACUUAUUGUAGGGAUGUAUAGCAAUAAAAAAAUCACAACUAGAAUUUGCCCACCCAGGUGGUACCGAUAUGUGAAAUUUUGGUUCUUAGCUCAAGUGCUAUGAUACCUGAAAGAACUGCUCCACCAUCAAAUCGGGCCACUCCCACUUCAUCAACUCAUUUAAUUAGACACAGGUUUGAUUCAUUUAUAGAAAAGAGCAGUGUGACCCAAAAAGAGUGUGACUUUUAAUGUGCUUUUGACUUUCUGUGUUGCUUUUGGAGUUAACAAAAAUUCGCCUAUUGAGGAAAAUAACAAAAUGAGAAAAAAUAUAAAAAGCUACCCCUAUGAAAAGUCUAUCAUAUUUUAAUUUACUUAAAUUGACCCUAAAAACAAUUUAGAAUAUGUAAGGUUUUGCCCACCCAAGUGGUACCGACAUCUGGUCUGGCUCAAGGACUACAUAGGCUGUAUCAGGUGUCGAUCAUAGCAAACAUGAACCCCCUAAUAACUUUUAAAAACGGAGCUUCACAGAAAAAAGAGGAUUUGAGCACAAACCAGUCUUACUGUAACUACAUGUCAACAUCACAAGCAGGGGGGAGAAAAAUUUACGUUCUGUGUAAUAAAUUUCUAAAGUUUGUCCACAGCCCCAUAAGCUUUGCUGGCGGAGGCAGGAUUUAUGACCUAUACUGCAGCCCAUCAACAGAGGGUGCUGUUCUCGGAGUGGCUUCACCCAGCGAGGAGGCAGACUCUGUCCGUUUUAUAUACAGUCUAUGGUUACAAUGGAGUAGGCAUUGUUAAGUUCUCCAGUCAAGUACUCCACCUGAUCCCAGAGUUUACGGUUUUCAUAUCCCCGGACUCAAGAUGGCCAGAGUGUUGGUUGAUCUUUUGCUCAUGACUAGAGAUUUGCAGCUGGGCCAGCUGAAGCUGAGUCCUCAGCUCCUGGUUUGGUUAAGCAAGUCCUCUUAUUCUCUCCUGCUGAAAACGUUUAAGAUGCCUCCCACCACCUGCAUGGUCAUUCCAGUGGUGUCCGAGGCUGACCGAAUCAGCCUUGAAAACAUGUUUGGUUGAGAUACUUGCAUGUUCAGUUGCACACUACAAGACAUUAAGUUUGAGUUGGUAUAAUCAUGUGCACAGUUGUACACAGAACAGCACCUAACUUCAUCAACAGUACAUAUAGGGUCCCAGCCAUAGUACUAGCCACAAAACAUCUUUUUAGCUUUGCCCGGUUUCUUUAACAAAGAGACCCAACACAACACACCCACUCCCCUCCAGCGGUCGCUUGUUUGUGGGGAGCCCUGACGAGUCAAUCACUGAGUGCAGCGGAUCAUUUCCUUGAAGUAAUAAUCAUCAAGAUAAUCAUUUUGCACUGCAGACGCGGUAGUUCUUCUGCCUUAGUGUCUUGAUCUGAUUGCAUUUCCAUGAAGUCAAAAUCAGAAAUGUUCUUCCUUGAGCUGCAAAACUCUGCUGCACAUAAGUGUGACUCCAGCGACAUAAGUUUUCUCACAGAUAAUUGGACUGGAGCUCUGAUGUUAGUUCAGCAAGUAUGAAAAAGAGACUGUUGCAUGCACCGUUCAGUUUAUAGCAAAUGACAAUUUAAGAUUCCGAACUUUUUUUUUGUAUGUAGGAUUAACAAAUAUGCACUAUGUCUCAUUAAAUCUCAGCCCUUUUUACCCAGGAGUGCAAAACAUACUACACAUAUUAAAAAUCCAAAUAUGUACAGUACACCCCAAUUUUCCAGUUUUUAUUGAAAUUCAAGCAGUUCAAGUCCAAUGAACAGCUUUAAAUGGUACAAAGGUAAGUGGAGAACUGCCAGAAGUAAAUAAAGAAAGGUAAGGUUAACGAAAACUGAAAAAAUAUUGUUCAUUUCAGAAUUAUACAAAAAGGCUUUUUUUAGGGAACAAGAAAUGGGUUAACAACCUAAAGAAGUUCUGCAGCAAUGGAGGUUGAUCAAGACCCAACUUUUCUUGAUCACUUACAACCCCCUCUGCCUGCAUAAAAGUAAUGUUGGAACACACUGUGGUACCAUACCAUUGUAAGCAUUGUUUGAACAGUUGUGUACUGCAGAAAGUAGUAUGUUACUAUAAAAACAGCGAGAAGAAGGCAGUUAAUGAUAGAAGAGAGACAGACCAUCAUAACACUUAAAGGGGACCUGCCAUCAAAAUUUCAUACCCAUUUUUUAUCAUUUUUUCAUAAUCCUUGAUGUCCUCUGUGUGAUGUUAUGAGCAUGGUAGCUCUAAAACUCCAUUACCCAGCAUGCAAUAGUGUUCAGGUGCAUGUAUGGUAGCACGCGAGAGGUGUUCAAGAGCAAGCGAUGAACGUAGCUCUGUACUGUUGGUAUGCAGGUGCUGUUAAGUAAACAUGCAAACUGAGUAAUCACGCCUUGUGUGAUUAUUAUAAAAUAAGGAAGACAACACAUGGUGUCAGAAGUGGCCGUGAGCAGCGACGGACGGAAGAUUUGCCACGGGAGAGCCACGGAACGAAAAAAAAAAAAAAGAAAAAAAAAAAGUCUCCGGUCGCAGAGUGAAACGGGCUAACAACGCAGGCAGCGGUGGAAGUGAAGCAGGGGACGAGGGACAGAUCGAACAAGUAGAAGAGGAUCUUGUGCCCGAAUCGGAGGACAACCAGCACCAGGAGAGGGCUGUGGAAGUCUCGGUACCCCGACGUGCAGUCAUGGAUAGGCUAAGUCCACCCACUUCCAUGCAACUGACUGGUAAUCUUGCUGAUAACUGGAAGCGUUUCAAGCAAAGAUUUAAUAUAUAUCUAGCAGCAAGCGGAGCAGGAGGGGAUGAUGAAAAACUGAAAGCUCAUAUCCUUUUGCAUGUGAUGGGAGAAGAUGCUCUGGACAUAUAUAAUAGCUUCUGGCUAGAUUAAGCUAAUCUGACUUUAGCAGGGCUAAUGACAAAAUUUGAAGAGUACUUUGUGCCUAGGCAGAACGUGACCUUUGAGAGGUACAAGUUUUUCACCCAUGACCAAAAGCAAGGAGUACCUUUUGAUCAGUACUUAGCAGAGCUUCACACUCUAAGUAAAACAUGUGAAUUUGACACUCUGAGAGAUUCACUAGUGAGAGACAGGAUCGUUUGUGGCACAGUGGAUAAUGCACUCAGAGAAAGACUGCUCAGAGAGACUGGACUUACACCAGAUAAGUGUGUCACUAUGUGCAGAGCAGCAGAAACCACUCGAGCACAAGCAAAAGAGCUACGGAGAGGUGAAACAACAGUGCAUGCAGUACACAAAGAACAGAUGAAAAAGAAAACAUUUACCAAACAAAAAGAUCAGAAAGAAAAAUCUGCAGAGUUCAAAUGUGGUAAAUGUGGAGCCAGCCACAAGCCAAAAUCAUGUCCUGCAUUUGGAAAAUCCUGUAACAACUGUGGAAAAAGCAAUCACUAUGCAAGAUGUUGCAAAGCAGCUUCAAAACAGAAAGUUCACACAGUUGAUGAGGAAGAAGAGGAUGAUGAUGAGGAGUUCAUUGUGGAUGUGGUACAGGCUUGUGCAACUGAAAGAGAGGAAUGGAUUGUGCCAAUCGAAGUGAAUAAGACGACAAUACCAUUCAAGUUAGACACAGGUGCUCAUGUAAACGUGCUAUCUUGGGAAGACUACAAAACAUUGACUGUGAAAAGCAAAAUUCAUCCUAUAAAAACAAAAGUGACAGGAUACACUGGAGAACGCGUUCCUGUUAAAGGUGGAUGCAUCGCAACCUUCAGACACAGAGGUCAACAGAUACAAGCACAGCUACUGAUCGUAGAUACGAGUGCACAACCAAUCCUGGGACUAAGAGCAUGUACAAAGCUCAAUCUUGUCAAAAGAGUUUUUGUAGUGACAUCGCCAGAUACUGCAAAUGAUCAUGACUCACUCAUGGAGGAGUAUAAAGACUGUUUCGAAGGACUUGGAUGUCUACCUGGAGAACACAAAAUAUGUGUGGAUAAAAGCAUGCCUCCUGUUGUGCAUCCUUGCAGGAAGAUCCCGUUCGCACUGCGGAAUAAACUGAAAGAUGAACUGGUGCAUAUGGAAAAGCUAGGGGUCAUUAAGAAAAUAGAUGAGCCAACUGAAUGGGUCAGCUCACUGGUUGUUGUGCAAAAGAAAACAGGUGCUCUGAGAACGUGCUUGGACCCAAGGGACUUAAACAGAGCAAUCAAAAGAGAACAUUUCAAGUUACCAACCAGAGAAGAAAUCAUGGCACAGUUUGCUGGAGCUAAAUGGUUCAGUAAACUAGACGCUUCGUCAGGUUUCUGGCAGCUGAGGCUAGAUGAGGAGAGUUUGAGGCUGUGCACGUUCAACACACCCGAGGGCAGGUACAGGUUUCUUCGUCUGCCAUACGGUAUCUUGUCAUCGCCUGAAGUCUACCAUAAGACUAUUCACAUGAUUUUUGAGCACAUACCAGGAGUAGACAAUGAUGGAUGACGUCAUAGUCUGGGGGUCUACUCGAGAAGAACACAAUGAAAGACUGAGACAAGUGCUAGACAAGACAAGGGAAGUGAAUCUGAAGCUUAACAAAGACAAAUGUGAGUUCGGAGUGAAAACACUUACCUUUGUGGGAGACAUUGUCAGUGAAGAGGGAGUGAAGCCAGACCCGAGAAAAACGUCAGCAAUCAACAACAUAGAAAGACCAAAAAACAAAGAUGAAGUCAGACGAUUUCUAGGGAUGGUCACCUAUCUCGCCAAGUUUGUCCCACAACUGUCAGCGCAGUCAGCACCUCUCAGAAGUCUUCUUGAACAAAAGAAUGAAUGGAACUGGUCCCAUGAACAGGAACAAUGCUUUGUGAAACUGAAAGAGAUUCUGACACAGGAACCCGUGUUAAAAUUCUAUGACCCAGAGAGAAGUACAAGGAUCUCAGCGGAUGCGUCACAGUUCGGCCUGGGAGCAGUGCUGUUGCAGCAACAUGAUGAGCAGUGGCUUCCUGUCGCCUAUGCAUCUCAAGCCUUGACAGGUGCAGAAUCCAGGUAUGCACAAAUUGAAAAGGAGCUGUUAGCGAGCUUGUAUGCAUGUGAGCGUUUCCACCAAUACGUUUAUGGUCAAGCUUUUGAAGUUGAAACUGAUCAUAAACCUCUGGUGUCCAUCAUGUCCAAACCUCUGAACGACUGUCCUGUACGGAUACAGCGCAUGCUAAUCAGGCUGCAAAAAUACGACGUGCACAUGAUAUACACACAAGGGAAAUACAUGUACACCGCCGACACCUUGUCUAGAGCAGUGGAUAAGGAGGAACGUGCAGACAGCGAGAAAAGUGCAGAAAUACAGGCAUAUGUGGACAUGAUCAUGACGUCUCUGCCAGUAACAGCAGACAGAACAGAACAAAUACAGAGGGAGACAAAUGCAGAUGAAACAAUGAAAGAACUCAAGAGCGUAAUACAGAAAGGAUGGCCAGAAAACAAAAAGGAUUGUCCCACGAAAAUACAAGACUACUGGAACUGCAGAGCAGAGCUCACUGUGGUGGAUGACAUAGUGAUGAAGGGGAGCAAAUUCGUUAUUCCAUCCUCCCUACGUAAACAAAUGCUCCAAAAGAUACAGGAUGGUCACCUGGGAGAAGUCAAAUGUAAACGCCGAGCGAGAGAAGUAAUGUACUGGCCGAGAAUCAACCAAGAUAUCAGCCAGACAACAGCGUCAUGUGAACUUUGCCGCACACACAGGCCAAAACAACAAGCUGAGCCGCUGAUGACUCAUCUGGUGCCCCACAGACCUUACUACAAGGUUGGUACUGAUCUAUUUGACUGUGAUGGAAAGAGUUACAUAGUGGUCACCGACUACUUUUCUAACUAUCCAGAAGUCGGAGCGCUGCAGUCCACAUCAAGCAAGGCAGUCAUCAGCUACCUCAAGACUGUCUUCGCCAGACAUGGUGUCCCAUGUGAACUGUUUUCGGACAACGGGCCCCAGUUUGCCAGCUCUGAGUUUGAGGCCUUUGCCAAAGAAUGGGGGUUUCAACGCUCUACGUCGAGUCCAACCUAUCCAAAGUCCAACGGCUUGGCAGAGAGUUCUGUGAAAAUAGUAAAAAACAUGAUGAAAAAAGCACAGGACAGAGAUGACUUUCAGAAAAGCUUACUGAUCUACAGGAGUGCGCCUCUACAGAAUGGACUGUCACCAGCCCAAAUGCUGAUGGGUCGACGCAUUCGCUCCAACCUACCAGUGAAUGAGGACUUGCUGACGCCCAAAAGCGCACACAAAGUCAGAAAAGUAAAGGAGGAACAAAAAGCAAAACAGAAACAGCUGUAUGAUCGGACGGCAAGACACCUGCCAAUGCUGAAGCCUGGAGAUAUGGUGCGUCUCAGGGACAUCUCUACAGGCACAUGGAGACAAGAGGGACAGGUGGAGGAGGAAGUUGCUCCACGCUCCUUCAGGAUCCAAAUGGAGAAUGGAACGUCUCUAGAGAGGAAUCGCACGGAUCUUCAACUACAGCCGACUGGAAAAGACACUGCAGCUCAGGAGAUGGUUCAGCAGGACACGGCUGAAUCUAAAGAGUUAACUAACAGUGGUCUGACAGCAGCGUCUGCAUCCCUGGCUGCUGCGACACUUUCCAAACUGUCGACAUUGCCAACUGUCGAAAAACUAACUAGACAUAAGAGGCAUGUUCAGCCACCUAAGAGGUUGAUUGAGAGUUGCUAA